AACCCGCAGGGCCCCGACGGCCGCGCCGCGGACUUUUCCUGUGCCCGAGGACAGGCGCAUGGCGCCCCGGGAAGCGCGCUGAGCGUGGGGCGCGGCGCCGCGGGCGGUACGAUGGCCCUCGAACAGGCGCUGCAAGCGGCGCGACAGGGCGAGCUAGAUGUGCUGAAGUCCCUGCACGCCGCUGGCCUGCUGGGGCCCUCGCUGCGCGACCCGCUGGACGCGCUGCCGGUGCACCACGCGGCCCGCGCCGGCAAGCUGCACUGUCUGCGCUUCCUGGUGGAGGAGGCAGCCCUGCCCGCCGCGGCCCGUGCGCGGAAUGGCGCUACGGCCGCCCACGACGCUGCCGCCACUGGCCACCUCGCCUGCCUGCAGUGGCUACUCUCGCAGGGCGGCUGCAGAGCGCAGGACAAAGACAAUUCUGGUGCCACAGUCCUGCAUCUGGCUGCCCGCUUCGGCCACCCCGAGGUGGUGGACUGGCUGCUGCGUCACGGCGGUGCGGAUCCCACCAUGGCCACAGACACGGGCGCCCUGCCCAUCCACUAUGCUGCCGCCAAAGGAGACUUUCCCUCCCUGAGGAUUCUCAUCAGGCACCACCCUGAGGGAGUUAAUGCCCAAACCAAGAACGGUGCCACGCCCCUGUACCUGGCCUGCCAGGAGGGCCACCUAGAGGUGACGCAGUACCUGGUGCAGGAGUGCGGCGCGGACCCGCACAUAAGCGCCCACGAUGGCAUGACCCCUCUGCACGCCGCGGCACAGAUGGGCCACAGCCCGGUCAUCGUGUGGCUGGUGAGCUGCACCGACGUGAGCCUGUCCGAGCAGGACAGGGACGGCGCCACGGCCAUGCACUUUGCGGCGAGCCGCGGCCACACCAAAGUGCUCAGCUGGCUACUGCUACACGGCGGCGAGAUCUCGGCGGACCUCUGGGGCGGGACGCCGCUGCACGACGCCGCCGAAAACGGGGAGCUAGAGUGCUGCCAGAUCCUAGUAGUGAAUGGCGCGGAGCUGGACGUCCGCGACCGCGAUGGGUACACGGCCGCCGACCUCUCGAACUACAAUGGGCACAACCACUGCACCCGCUACCUGCGCACCGUGGAGAACCUGAGCGUGGAGCACCGCGUGCUGUCCCGGGAUCCAUCUGCUGAGCUGGAAACCAAGCAGCCUGACUCAGGCAUGUCCUCGCCCAAUACCACCAUGUCUGUCCAGCCGCUGAACUUUGACCUCAGCUCACCCACCAGCACCCUCUCCAACUACGACUCAUGCUCUUCUAGCCAGUCCAGUAUCAAGGGUCGGCGCCCCCCCAUGUGGUGGCCCUGCUCUGCAGGCACGCCCUGGCUUCCCAGCGCCAGAGCUGCAGAUAUCCAGAGCUACGUGGACAUGUUGAGCCCAGAGCUGAGCCUGGCCCAAGGCAAGCUGGAGAGAGCCACACCGCCACCGCCACCACCCAGCUUCCCUCCACCACCCCCACCCCCGGGCACCCAGCUGCCCCCACCCCCACCGGGCUACCCAGCUCCAAAGCCCCCUGUGGGGCUUCACGCAGCUGACAUCUACAUGCAGACCAAGAGCAAACUCCGCCAUGUGGAGACCCAGGCCUUCAAGAAGGAGCUGAGCUCCCACGACGGCCACAACGGGCUGCGGAGACAGGACUCUAGCCGCAAGCCCCGCGCCUUCAGCAAGCAGCCCAGCACGGGGGACUACUACCGCCAGCUGGGCCGCUGUCCCGGGGAGCCGCUGGCCGCACGCCCUGGCAUGGCGCACAGCGAAGAGGCGGUGCUGCUCCCCGGGAACCAUCUGCACAACGGCUGCGCCGCGGACCCCAAGGCGUCCAGGGAGCUGCCCCCACCGCCCCCGCCGCCGCCUCCCUUGCCCGAGGGCCUGAACUCGCCGCCUCCGGCUCCGCCUUUGCCCUUCGAGGGCGCCGGCCCUGGCUGCGGGCAGCGUCGCUCCUCCUCCUCCACUGGCAAAGUGAGAGUCCUGAGGCACAGGAAGAGCACCAAGUCUUUCAACAUGAUGUCCCCGACGGGUGACAACUCGGAGCUACUGGCUGAGAUCAAGGCGGGCAAGAGUCUGAAGCCGACGCCACAGAGCAAGGGUCUGACCACGGUGUUCUCCGGCAGCGGGCAGCCGGCCACUCAGCCUGACUCACCACUGCCUCCAGCGUCGCCCGCACCGUCACGUGCCCGGAGCCCCACUCCGCCAGCUGCGGGACCCCAGCCACUGCUCAAUGGCAGCUUGGCGCCAGCGCCUCCUGCCACUCCUGCGCCUGGCGUGCAGCUCGACGUGGAGGCGCUCAUCCCUACGCACGACGAGCAGGGCCGGCCCAUCCCGGAGUGGAAGCGCCAGGUGAUGGUUCGCAAGCUGCAGCUGAAGAUGCAGGAGGAGGAGGAGCAGAAGCGGAAGGAGGAGGAAGAGGAGGCCCGGCUGGCCAGCAUGCCUGCCUGGAGGCGGGACCUCCUGCGGAAGAAGCUAGAAGAGGAGAGGGAGCAGAAGCGGAAAGAGGAGGAGCGACAGAAGCAGGAGGAGAUGCAGCGGGAAAAAGAGCAAUCGGAGAAGCUGAGGACGCUGGGCUACGAUGAGACCAAGCUGGCGCCCUGGCAGCGACAGAUCAUCCUGAAGAAGGGGGACAUCGCUAAGUACUAGAUGCCGCUUUCCUGCUCGCAUCCUCGCGAGCUCUAGGGGGGAGCAGCCCCCCCGCCCCGGCCUGCCCGGCCCGGACGGAAGGGCUGGGAGCCACGCCGCCCUCCCCUCCUAAGCUGGAACCCCUCCCUGACCUUCAACCCGGCCCUCGCAUUCCCAGCCCGGGACCACGCUGGAGCGCGCCCACCGCUGCAGUCGCCCAGAAAAAGUGCCCAAGUCGUUGACGUAAAAGAUGCUGCUUAUUUGCAUGCCUAUUUACAUAUAUUUGCAUGUUCGUUGAAUGUCUGCGUGUGCAGAGCUUUUCCCAGCCCCGUGGGUGGUGACUUUGUUUUCCCUCGGGGUGCGCGCCGGGCUUCAGCUCCCUCCCCCGCACCCCGGAACCCGCGUCGCUGGCGCAUCCUGGGCGGAGGCAGGCCCCGCGCUCGGGGAAGGGGUUUUCCUUCCUCCCUGACCCAGAUAUGUGCCCGGGCUGCAUUUCCCAUCCCCGCCGAGGGUUUCCUCUCAGUCAUUUGUUUACCAGAAACGAUGAAAACUGCAAAUUGCCCGUCGGGACGGAGUUGCCGCUCCCGGGGCCCCACCUCUGCCCCCACCUUCCUCCAGUGAAGUCUGCGCGCGCCGUUCCAAGCCAGGCCCCGAGCUCCCUGGACCCUUUCACUGCCCUGGUGGCGUGAGUGGAGGACAAGGGGCCCUGAACCUGUCUCCGACUGCUGUCUUCCCGGUCCCCACUGUCUCGCACCCCCAUUAAAGCUUUCGCAGUCGC